AUGUCGACCAGCUGUCUGACCACCGAUGCCAUGAGCCGCCGGAUAGACGCGACGGCGCUUGAGUGGCGGGUCUUGACAGAGGUCCAGCCGCUGUUUGCCGGCCCCGUGCCGUGGGACCCGCCCGCCGCCGGCCUCGCCGCCGCCGCCCACGCCAUCGCCGUCGACCACGUCACGACGGUCUUGGCCCACGAGAUGAACGAGAUGCGCAAUAACCUGAUGGACCUCGCCGGAUUUACGUUAGGGCAGCAGUCAUACUCUAAGUGCUGCGGUAAACUGAGGGCGCUGCUCCGGCUGCUCGAGUGCCUCGUCCUGGAUCGGGUUCUCGAGGACCCCGAUGGUCAACCGAGUCCGGUCCGAAACGCCCCUCUAGCAAAGGUGCUCGCACGGUCCGUCUGGGAUCCCGUGUGCGCCUGGCUGGGCGUCCGAGGCGCUAUGCCACGGCCCAGGGUGAAGCUAGGCAAAGACAAGGCCGCGGCUACGGCCUACGAAACCCUUCAACCAAGCGAUUUAACGCAGCUAUAUCCCAAACUACAAGCCCUAGCAAGAAUCAUGGCCAAAAGGUGCAAGCAGGACCCGGACUGGUUCACAUGCUGCAGCGCCCUGCUCGAGCUCCAGCCGGCUCUAGCCCAGCUUCAAGAUAUCAAGGCAAAGGCGACUAACGUGAAUCGGGUCAUCGAAGGCCUCCCACAGCGCACGAGUACGGCAGUCUCGAGGGUGUUACCUGUCCGGGAGAUGGCCCGGACCAACUGGCGCAGUCGCAAGGCCGCCGAGCUGACUGACUGUCUGUACAGCCUGCUCGGAGCGGCCAUUUGCGCCGACGAGCACAGGGCUGAGCUCCAGUUGAAUGGCUUCAGCCUCGAUGAGAGCUGCAAGAGCAACGCCUUGGCACAAAACAUGCUCGUGUCUUGCUGCUCGAUUAUUAACGCCUGGCACCAAUGUCACUGUGCUACAAGAUUCCAGUUGAGCCCCAUGGUUGAGGCCAGUCAGCCGUCUUGGCCCUCUUCCCAAGAUCCACGGUCUCGGCCGAAAGUCAUCCUCAGCGAUCUUUGCGGCUCGCUCCGCGAAUUCAGGUGUCGGCCGUUCCAGAUCCACUUUGACGACAUCGACUUGUGGUACAGCAAAGCUCACGCUCAGUCAGCGGCCCGUGCCACCGAGCUGCGCAUGGUUUCGCUCAGAUUCCUUCUUGACCAAGGCUACUUUGGCAAGGACCGCGACGGCGACGUCUUUAGCCUUAACGACAAGGCGGUACUUGCCCUGUCACUGGCUCGGAGUCUCGUCCACUUGUGGUUUGGCUUGUGGAUGCGCGCUCCUUGGACGGCAGACUCGAUCCAGUUCUUGUGCGUGACCGACAAGGUGGUGGAUAGGCAUUACCCGUACAUGGGCUGUCCCCUGUUGAGCGGCAACGACAGAGGACAGGAGUAUGUCGAGCCGAGACCGAACGACCUCGCGCUCUCGGUCCUCAACCUCGCCCGGCUCCUUACUGAGAUCGAGACUGGCGAGGCAAUGGACUCGGACCCCUCCUGUCUUUCCCUAGCGACUUUUCAAAACCAUGUCUACGAUGCCUUGGAGCCGAGGCAAAACGAGUUUGGACGAGCUCAUUAUAACGCUGCCAUUCAAAAGUGCCUGCAGUUUACUAUCUUGUUGAAAAGAGAAAACGCGUACGCAAACCAGGACCUCUUAAAUCGGGCCCGGAACAUUCUCUAUGACAACAUAAUUAAGCCCCUUGAAGACAACUUUGAUCAGAUCCCGUAUCCAGCCGAGGCCAUGAAGUCGCGUCCGCUUAAGGUGAAGGAACGUGCGACCUCGAAGGGCACCGUGAUCAUUAAGCCAGCGUCGAGAAACGGUCAAAACGGCGUACGGCCCCCGAAGCAGCUGCCCCCCGAUGUUAUGUUUUUUGACGCGGAAUCCACCGUUAGAGCUGAACACAUUGCCCGAGCGGAGGGCUUCUUCAGCGCAUUCGCCAAGUUCCGCCAACGGCACAUGGUUCCCAAAACCAGGCUGGGUAGAAACGGGCGGCGGCGCAUCCGCAUCGCCGUUCUAGACACCGGCAUCGACCAAGAAAACGAGGACAUUCGUGGCCUGGUGGAUGACAUUGGCGAAGUUAAGACUUUUAUCGGAGGCCAGGCGAUCGACGAAUACGGCCAUGGGACGCACGUGGCUGGACUGGUGCUGCAAGCGGCACCAGACGCGGAUGUCCUCGUUGCCAAGGUGUCCAACGGCAAGUGCUUCACGAACAUGUGGGCCAUAGUCAAGGCCAUUGACUGGGCGGUUGAAAACGGAGCAGACAUCAUCAACAUGUCAUUUGGCUGCGAUGUCGACUUUGUCAACGUCGCCAACGCCCUGAACCGCGCAUUCCCGACGAUCCUCCUCGCCGCCGCGUCCAACAACGGCCGCAACAGCCAACGCACGUUCCCGGCCCGUCAUGACGGCGUCAUUGGCAUCCACGCCCUCGACGGCAAAGGUAACGACGAGGGCGGUAUGAACCCGUCGCCGGAAGGGUACGACGAGAACUUUGGGACCCUGGGCCUGGGCAUCCAGACGUCGUGGGACGAGCCGCCGUUGUUGCCGGGCACGGCCGGUGCGACAGGUCCCAAGAUCUCGCACAAGUCCGGGAGCUCGUACGCGACGCCCAUCGCGGCAGGCAUCGUCGCUAACUACCUCGACUGGCUGGACUACAUGCACGAGGCCACGGAUCUCAUGACCGAGGCCCAGUAUCUCUCCCUAAGGCGGGCCAGGGGGGUGCGGCUCAUGCUUAAGAAGCAGUCGAGGAGGGUCGGCGACAUACUCUCGGUCGCGCCCUGGACCCUAUGGAAGGAGAAUCCCCUUGACCCGGUCGUGGACGGAGAAGCACCUCGCAAGGUGGACGAGAGGACCGACAACCACGUCCUCGAGGUACUCUUAGACGGGGUACAUGCUGUGAGAGAAGAGUAG